CAGCUGUUGUUAAUCUUGCAGUCAGCAGGGUGUUAUAGACACACACAGCGUUGGGCUCGAAGGACUUUACAACAACGGUGUCGACUUCUCCCACUUUCACUUCGGCUGUUUUAUUUCGCCUGCUUGUUUUCUCAACUAACAAGUAUUUUGUUUGUGGUGUCACUGCUACGGCAGUCGCAAUGCCGCUGAACUCAAAUAUGGCUAGUAAAAACUAUGAUUACGACUAUGACUCGGUCCAGCCCUACUUCUACUUCGACAUUGAGGAGGAUAAUUUCUAUCACAGCCAACUCCAACCCCCUGCUCCAAACGAGGAUAUAUGGAAGAAAUUCGAGCUGCUGCCGACACCGCCGCUUUCUCCCAGCCGGCGACCCUCUCUGUCAAGCCUCUUCCCUUCGACUGCAGACCAGUUGGAGAUGGUCACGGAAUUUCUCGGGGAUGACGUGGUGAACCAUAGUUUCAUUUGUGACGCGGACUACUCCCAGUCUUUUCUCAAAUCUAUCAUUAUCCGGGACUGUAUGUGGAGCAGUUUCUCGGCUGCCGCUAAACUGGAGAAAGUAGUGUCCGAGAGACUAGCAACGCUGCAAGCGAGGAAGGACUCUAGUGCGGCCGGGGAAGCUAGCACAGUAACCAGCACGAAUCCAAACUUGAAUUACCUGCAAGACCUGAACAACUCCGCAUCGGAAUGCAUUGACCCUUCUGUGGUGUUGUUCCCUUACCCGGUUGCCGAGAACCCUAAACCCACACAAACGACUACAGCGUGUGCCAUGGAUUUGCCUUUGGAUACUCCACCGAACAGUGGUAGCAGCAGCGAUAGCGAUUCAGAAGAGGAAGAGGAGGAGGAAGAAGAAGAGAUUGACGUGGUGACAGUGGAAAAGAGAAAGUCUGUACGGAGGUCAGACUCGCACAUGUCUAGCAGCUCACACCUCUGCCCCCUUGUCCUGAAACGGUGUCAUGUCAACAUCCACCAACACAACUACGCCGCUCACCCGUCGACGAGGAGCGAGCAGCCCGUCAAGAGGAUUAAGUUUGAGAGCAGUGGGAGAGUACUCAAGCAUAUCAGCAACAACCGCAAGUGCUCGAGUCCCAGAACGUCGGACUCUGAGGAUAAUGACAAACGUAGGACUCACAAUGUGCUGGAGAGGCAAAGGCGAAACGAGCUCAAGUUGAGCUUUUUCGCAUUACGGGACGAGAUCCCGGACGUAGCGAGCAAUGAGAAGGCAGCCAAAGUGGUCAUACUCAAAAAGGCGACAGAGUGCAUUUUCAGUAUGCAAACGGACGAGCAGAAACUGUUAUUGUUGAAAGAGCAGUUGAGGAAAAAGAGUGAACAGUUGAAAAGCAGACUAGAGCAGCUGAGGAACUCUCAGCAAGUUUAAUGAAUGAAAGGAUGCCAUGUUUUUAUGCCUAAAGUAACUUCUUGUGUAUGGUGGUGCAUGCAAAUGCAAAAAUGACUCGUUAUCACAGGUAUCGGCCAGACACCUGGGCUGGAAUCAGAAUUAUUAUUUUCUUUCACUGCCUCACUUGAACUUUCUAGGGGUUAUCAAUUUCUUAUUUAAGUAUUUUAUUUUUAUUGAUGAAAGGUUCUGCACAGUUGUCUACCUUAACUUAAUGCUUUUGUAUGUUUUGUACAUAAUUCUCGAAUGUAUUGAUCUCACAAAUACAUUUUUAUAAAUCACGUAUGACUGGUGUCACGUGUCUUACCUUGAAAUUAGAACUUAAUUUGCAUUAGAUAGUCAUGAGCAUGGCUUGCCUGUUUACUCUGACCACACUUUCACACAAGUCCUAGCAACCUCAUGCUAGCUGGCCUUUUGCCAACCCUUUAAUUUUAAGGUCAAAGCUCCAUUUCACUGUACAUGUCUGCUUAGGUUUACUGCACACAGCCAUGUGCAUGAUGUGCUUAAAGCCUUCCCACACUGUACAUCAGUAUCUUUAAUGAUCAUUACAUAUCAAACUGACCGCCCGGUUUCCCGAUAGAACAUAGGCUUACGAGUGUUUUUACCGAUGCAUUGUUUCUACAACAGCCGCCGUAACAUGCAUCUUAAUUGAUUUUGAAAUGGGCUUGUAGCUUACUUUAUGCAGUAAUCUCGGUUUUCACUUGAGGCAUACUUUUAUCCUUUGCUUGUUUUGUAACAAUUGUAAAGACAUUGACAACCUUUUUGUAUUUGUAGUCAAUUUUGUUCUGAAGUUAUCGGCGGUCAGACACAUGUUUAGCGGAGAUCGUGUACAAAAUUACGAGGAAGGGCAAAAAAGAUCUAACAAUGCACUUAACUGUUCUCAAUAACAAGCGUUCUCAAUUAUAACUUCCAGUGCUUUUGGGAAACCGGGCCCUGGCCAGCUUGUACUUUUUUUUUUUUUUUUUUUUUGCUUUCGAUGUUAUGUCAAACGACGUAGGCUGGCUAUGUCAACUGGGCGUCUCAAGCAUGGCAUCAAAGAACAAUCUGUUGGUUUGAGAAACCAGCAUGGUGUCAUUUCCGGCUGUGUUCCUAUUGGUCAGUCACAGGGAUCAUCUUGUAACACCAGCCACAUUAUACAAUAAAGGCUCAACAUUUCUAACUGUCAGAACAUUGUCGGAGCCUAUGACCACACGUAGUGGUAAUUAGUUGACAAACCAAGACCCUUGCCGUGUCUGAUACCCGUAAGAGCGUACUGCAUACUAUGUAUUCAUCGUCGCAUACUUUUUAGCACGUACCAUUUGGUAAAAAGUAUGACAAAUUCAACAGACCUGCAUCACAUUUACUAGCCGUAGCUAAUUUGAUGAAUCUAAACUGAAUAGAAAUGCAGUUAUAGGCCUACUCAGUAUUCCUAUCACAUUCUACCUAUACUGUAGUGCAUAUUGCCUGUCUAUCCUAUUUAAAAAGGACUGAAUACAUUCAUUGUUUGAAUUCAUAUUUAGAGAAACCGAAGUGCUGUAUACUUUGGUUUCUAGUACAGCCUAGUACACACCAACUGUUCAACUCAAAAGGGUAUUGCGCAGAAAAACGUGUAGAGUUGGGUGCAAAGCAAAUUCAGAUUGAUGAACGCCAACAAAACUAAAGCACCGAUCAUUGGGAACAAGAUCGGAAUGACAGCUAAGGCUUGCUCCUUAAAUGAAAUAGGUAGUCUAGCAUGCAAAACUAAACCAAUCCAUAAGUUCAAAUCAAAAGGUCUGAUUAACUUGACAUCAAUAAUACAGCCACAUUCAGCUCCCCUGUGCUGAUGAAGGCCACGAGAACAAAAAAACACUUCAAUGACAAAACAGAGAUCCACUUUGGGUAAAGAUGUAGCCAACGAUGCAAUACUAGUGGUCAUUUUAAGGAGAACAAAAACUACAUUAGCCUACAUUUGAACACCACCGCAGAAGCUUUGCUAUUCAGCAUCUUCCCAAAUAAGUAGCCUGGUUUUGUUUGGCUACUUGAACUAGUCACUCAGCCCACCUCUUCCAAUGCAUUGUGCAAAAGUGUGCAUCGAAUUCUACUAGAUGAAGAGCUGAAAUGAGUGUAACAUCCUGGCAUUUAAACCCAAGGUUUAAAAAAAAUCACAUACUAUAAAACAUUAUUUUGGCAUGCUGAGAAUGCAACAAGCGUGAUUACGUUAUUUCCCGCUACUGGUUGGUAUCGGUAGCACAUCCCCAUAUCUAAUGAUCAGCUGUUGUCAAAGCCUAAAUGAGUAUGGCAUCCGGGCAUUUAAAGUAUACUUGAUUUUCAAAAUGUUGCAUACUAUUAAACUUUUUUAGUAUUCUCAAACGGCCUACUAUUUAGGAUGCAAGUAUGGGUAUUUGUAGGGCUCCUGUCACACUGAACAAGCCAAGACAUCCGACAAUCAUUUAUGACAUAAGAAUUUGGCUACACUGGUAAUUUUGUCUCGGACGGCAAAAUCGUGUCAUAAGACGGCUAAAAUUGUAGUCUGUGCAGGCUUUUAUGGGCAAACGCAUGAACACAAGCUGCCCUGCCACUCUGUAGUCCACGUGGGGAAAAUACGGCAGUGUAUCGCAAGGGCGGAGGGGAACCAAGUUCACUCAAGUCAUUUUAGUUAAUCACUCAGUGUCUUUCAGUUUAGAAUCUUGAAUGACAUGUACGCUACAAAUUAUUUUGUAAAGCAAACUAAACUGAGCAAAAAUAUAAAUGCAACAUGUAAAGUGCACCAUGUUUCAUGAGCUGAAAUAAAAGAUCCCAGAAAUGUU